UGGCGUUUAGUGUUUGGAGUCGAAUUGUGACAUUUUUUUUUGACUGAUUAAGUGAUUAAAAAAAUCAUUAAAUGGUUGAAAACACGUAAAUGAUACCAAUCAAGUUUACAUUUAAUAAUUAUAAAUUAAUUAUAUUGAAUCAAAAUAACAAUUAUUACGUAAAAGUUAAUAGUGUCGCCACUGUAUCCUUCAGCACUCGUCAGGAUUUCUCUAGUCUAGGAUUUGUGAUUGCAAGUUUGGCUUUGUAUUAUUUUGCAAUAUCUUUCGUACUCUCUCUUUUGUAACUGUAAAACGACUGAUGGACGGAUUAUGUGAUAUACUUAUAAAUUUUUUAUAAAUUUACAAACAAUAAAAUUGUGUUUAUUGAGUAUUACUUUAAUUUAUUGAAAAAUUUAAGAUAUUAACCUUCCACACUAUAUUAUCUUCGUCUAAAAUUAAAAAUUUGAUUACCUAAUUUAUUCACGAAACAGAUAUUCCAAUUACUUUUUAUGCUUUCAUUUAUAAUAAUACUAUUAUUAUAAUGGUAUAUUGGAUUUUGAAGAAACGAAUACUCAAAAGGUUGCACGUUGACAAUAGCUCUUGUUGAAGCUAUUUUUACGGUUGUACUGGGUACUUCAACUCUUGAGAGUAUAAUCACGGAUAUAUCUAUUACAUAUAUGAUAAAAUAACAGUAAUAUACAAUAAGGGAUCUGCUUAGAAACAAACAUAAAAAUAUACAAACAAAUAUUUAUAAAUAUAAUAUAUUUACUAACAAAAUGCAAUGGACAUACCUCUUAGCUGGUGUCGUGCCAUUCGUCAUCCUUGACAUUUGGUACACGGGAAUAGUGAUAUUAUGGAUUUUAAAAACACUCAUUAUUCUAUACCUCAUCAUUUUUGGUAUUUGUCCACUUAUUUUCCAUUACUCAUACAAUAUCCAAAGGAGGGUUCUCUUCUUGAAUUUUAUACAUUGGCCUCCGUCUAUUGACUUCACUAAACCAGAAUUGGUUGGUUUGCAAGGCACGAGAAAUUUUUAUUUAUGUACUGAUGAAGAUGUUAAAAUCGGAACGUGGCAGCUAUUACCGAAAUCUCUCUUGAAUGAUUCCGCUGAAUUUAAUGACGAAUAUUUUGAAGCAGCCUUAAGUAAUGCCAAACGACCAGUAUUUUUAUAUAUGCAUGGAAAUAGUGGAAAUCGAGCAAGUAGUCAUAGAAUUGAAUUAUACAAAGUAUUCCAAGAUCUCGAUUAUCACGUCAUAGCAUUCGAUUAUCGCAGCUAUGGAGACAGUGAUCCUGCUGACUUAUCAGAAAUUGGAGUUGUCGCUGAUAGUAAAUAUGUAGUUCGAUGGGUGUUGAAUAAAAUUAAUAAAACUGUACCUGUUUUUGUAUGGGGACAUUCCCUCGGAACUGGGGUAUCAUGUCAUGCUUUGGAUUUGCUAGCUUCAGAAAAUAUCCAACCAGCAGGAUUAUUUUUGGAAUCUCCAUUCAAUAGUAUAGCUGAUGAAUUAACUUAUUAUCCUGCUGCCAAAAUAUUCAAACAUUUACCAUGGUUCCAUUGGGUAAUUGUUCAACCAUUUCACGAUAAUAAUUUAAGGUUUGAAUCUGAUCAGCAUAUUGCCAAUAUCCAAUGCCCUAUUAUGAUAUUACAUGCUGAAGAUGACAGAGUUGUACCUUUUGUACUUGGUGAAAAGUUAUAUGAGAAGGCUUUAAAGUAUCAUGGAAAUGAUACAAAUAAGGUACAAAUGAUUACGAUAGAUUCAAGUCUUGGAUUAGGUCAUAAAUAUAUAUGUCGAUAUAAACAAUUACCAUCAAUUAUCGAGAAUUUCGUUUUGGAAAGUCAAAAAAAAGCGCAAUGAAGGGACUUCCGAAAAUUUAGUAUCCUCUUUGUGCCCCAGAAAUCUGGUGGAUUCAUCCAGUUUUCUUUUGACUCAACUAAAACAAAAUAAGAGAGAAACUGACAUAUGGAUUUUCGCAUGAAUUUUCGAAGGAAUGUGUUUUAAAUAUACAUCCGAAGCGACAACAAGUUAUUUAUUAUUCAAAAAUCUUAUUAAGUAUUUUUUUUUCUCAAUAUUGUGAUAAGUAGUCAGUGGAGAACUUUUAAGAUAAUUAUAAUUAUCAUUCAUAAGAUACUCUGUAAUACUAUAUUUUAUAUCAAUUAAUUUACUAAGUUAUGUAACUACACUUUAAUUACAUUAAAUUGAAUUACAUUAAAAUAAAAUAAAAUUUAAGUCUUAAAUUUUGAUGUAUUGGUGCUUUAAAUGUGUAUUGUGUGUUUAAUGUAAAAACUAUAUGCGAAAUUGUAAGAAUU